AUGAACGCCCAAGAAGUUCGUGCAGUUUGGACGUCAGAGAAGGGGUCAAUGGCUAAACAGACGGCCGAGAACCGAUGGGCCAAAAUUAUUCAGGGCACCAUCGACGACAUUGGCGAAACAGCCGCCGCGGAGGAUUUUGACGGCCAGAAGAGAGUGGAGAGCAUUGCCAUUCAGAUUGCCCUGAAGGACAUCAAGAAAGGAAUUGAACGGAACAAGCCCCUCACAACCGAAAAUGCAGGGACUCACAGCGCUUCAGACCCCUACAAGAUGACGGCAAGCUCGAUAUUCAAGAGUGGAACAAGCAGCUGGCUGCGAUUGGCCAGUGCAGUUGGAACAACUGCCCUUGGCUCUUUGGAGAGUGCUACAUGUACAGGUACGACUGUUGCUGCAAAGAUCAAAUCAAGGAAUUGUGCUGAAAAUCCCUCCAGAAGCAUCCAGAGGAUCCUGAACUCUUCAAAACACUGGCAGAACUACGAUGUUUUCAAACGCCAGAAAGACUCUACCUUCGUCAAGUCGAGAGCCGCAGUCGAAGAGCUCGCCAGCCGUUAUAUGCAGAUCGUUGCCGAUACCCGACUCGCCCAAAAUGGAUGCAAGGAAGAGGCCAAGAGGUUGCUUUUUAUCGAGAUGACAGAGAUUGCCUUGUGGGGAAACGCCACAGACCUGUCACUCCUCGCUAACCUGACCCUGGAGGACUUGCAAAACCUGCAGGGCCGUGAGGCCAUCCAGAAGAGCCAGCGGAACAUCGUCGACAACGACACUGACGACGUCUGGGCCUAUCUUCAGCGCACUGCCAGUCAGACUAGUCGCCAGAUUGACAUUAUCCUCGACAACGCUGGCUUCGAGUUCUUCACCGAUGUGCUCUAUGCCGCUUAUCUUUUGGACGCCGGCAUUUCCACCUCUGUCAGACUGCAUACCAAGGAGUUCCCGUGGUUCGUCAGCGAUGUCAUUUCCCCGGAUGUCGAAUCGCUGUUCGAGCAUCUCGAUUCCUCCGAAUGCUUCCCAGGUCGCGAGUAUCUCGACCAACUCAUCCCCAGACUCCGCAAGUUCUUCCAGUCGGGCGCCAUCACGACCACUAGCGACCCCUUCUGGACAACGCCGUUCUCAUUCCACGAGAUGCCAUCCAAAGCACCUGCCCUCUUCAAGGAGCUCCAGAACAGCUACCUGGUCAUCUUCAAGGGUGACCUCAACUACCGCAAACUGACCAGGGAUGGGAUGUGGCCUCACACCACCACAUAUGAGGAGGCUCUUGGUCCCCUAGGCAAGCAGAGCGGCGUCAGAAUCUUGUCCCUUCGUACGAACAAGUCCGACGUUUGCGUUGGCGUCCCGACCCAGAGCAAGGUUGACGCAUUAAAUGAGGAGGCGCCCGGUGGUGCGUGGAUCAAGAACGGAAAGUAUGCCGUGGUAUCGUUUAAUGAGGGUCGAUGA